AUGGCCUGCUGUGCUACUAGCUUCUGUGGCUUUCCCACUUGCUCUACUGGUGGUAUCUGUGGCUCCAGCUGCUGCCAGCCCAGCUGCUGUGAGGCUGGCUAUGGCUAUGGCAUUGGGGGUGGCAUUGGCUGUGGCCAGGAGGGUGGCAGUGGAGGCGUGAGCUGCCGCGUUAGAUGGUGCCGCCCAGACUGCCGCGUGGAGGGCACCUGCCUGCCCCCCUGCUGCGUGGUGAGCUGCAUACCCCCAACCUGCUGCCAGCUGCACCAUGCCCAGGCCUCCUGCUGCCGCCCAUCCUACUGUGGACAGUCCUGCUGCCGCCCAGCCUGCUGCUGCUACUGCUGCCCGCCCACCUGCUAA